GACCGCAAGAAGAAACGGUAUGUGGGAGCAUCAGGAGAUGGACCGGACAAUAAGAAAAUACGCACGGAAGACGGCACAUGGUUGCCAGCAUCCUAUAAGACAGGCCGUUAUGAAGACUGGAAGAAGAAGCAAAAGCUUGGUUACAAAAAGAAUGACGGAGAUGGUGAUGAGCAAGAAGCAGGACCAUCGAAUGACAACAAAUUUGGGCGCUUCAAUAAAUGGAAAAAUGUUAAUAAGAAGCAGCAAUCGAAGGGCCCGAAAUCUGAACUCAGAAACGUCAGCCAAAUCAAGAAAAUCCGAAAGAAGUCUGCUAAAUUGCAACAGUAUAUGGAACAUCGAAGACUGGAAAAUCUCAAAAAGAAAGCCGCGCACGCAGGUGGAGGGAAAGGAGGUGGUGGUGGAAAAAGACGAAAAUGAUGUUUAGCA